GCGGGCGACCAGCCGUCACCACCCUGCUCAGCAAACGGUGGUGUGGCGGGGCGGGGGAGGUCCGGCGUCCCUUUGGGGAGCCUGGUGGCCGUAGGCGUCGCUGCCAGUCCGAGUGUGGAGAGACUCAGCGAGGAUGGUGUUCGAGUCGGUGGUCGUGGACGUCCUGAAUCGGUUUCUGGGAGAUUAUGUUGUGAAUUUGGACAGUUCUCAGCUCUCUCUCGGCAUCUGGGGAGGAGCUGUAGCACUUAAGAAUCUUGAAAUAAAGGAAAAUGCGCUGUAUCAGUUUGAUGUACCAUUCAAAGUUAAAGCUGGUCACAUUGGUCAGCUGAAUUUGCAAAUUCCUUGGCAAAACCUUUACACUCAACCAGUGGAAGCUGUUCUUGAUGGUGUUUACUUGCUUAUAGUGCCUACAGCCAGUAUUGAAUAUGAUGCUGAAAAAGAAGAAAAACAACAGUUGGAAGCAAAGCAGAGGGAACUUCAAAGGAUAGAAGAGGCAAAGCAGAAGAUUGCUGAUCAAAAUAAAACACAAGAGAAGCAAGACACUUUCGUAGAAAAGCUAGUAACUCAAGUCAUCAAAAAUCUUCAGCUAAAAAUUUCCAACAUUCAUAUUCGAUAUGAGGAUGAUAUAACUAACAAAGAUAUUCCAUUGUCAUUUGGUGUCUCACUCCAGAAUCUUAGUUUACAGACUUCAGAUCAAAACUGGAAUCCAUGUAUUCAAAAUGAAACUGCUAAGUUGUUUUACAAGCUUGUUCGGUUGGACAACUUCUUUGCAUACUGGAAUGUGAAGUCUGAAAUGUUUUAUCAUGGUGUUUGUAAUGAAUCUUUGAAUAACUUAAAGCAUGGAGUUGCAGGCGCUAAUGUGAUCCCAGAAGGCUACGGUUUUGUGUUCCGUCCAAUUUCAGCUAAAGCCAAGCUCCGUAUGAAUCCACGAUCUGAUGUUGACUUUUCUGCACCAAAACUAGAUCUCGAUGUAAAUCUUCAGGAUAUAGUCAUAGAACUUAAUAAACCUCAGUAUUUCAGUAUUAUGGAGCUCCUUGAGUCAAUUGAUAUGAUGACUAGAAAUUUGCCAUAUAGGAAGUAUAGACCUAAUGUUCCUGUGCACAACAAUGCCAAGGAAUGGUGGGAGUAUGCUAUAAAUGGCAUUCUUGAAGUAAAUGUUAAACCAAAGCAGCAAAUGUGGUGUUGGGAUCAUAUUUGUCACCAUAGGAACAAUGUGAAGAACUAUAAAGAUCUGUAUAAAAUAAAAAUAACAACAAAGAAACCUGAUGAGGAACUUUUGAAGAAGCUGGAGAGAAUAGAGAAGAUCUUGGAUGUAUUCAACAUUACUCUGGCAAGACAACAGGCAGAGGUUCAGGCAGCUAAGGCUGGAUUGAGAAUAUACCGGCCAGGGGCUAAACAAGAUGAAGAGGAGUCUAAAGGCUGGUUUAGUUGGAUGUGGGGUUGGACUGGUGGCAGCAGACCAAAAAAAGUACAUGAACCAAAAGGUCUUGAACAACUGAUGACUCCACAGGAGAAGGAUAAACUCUAUGCAGCAAUCGGUUAUAGUGAAACAGCUGUUGAUCCUACAUUACCCAAAGCGUAUGAAGCCAUGAAGCUAUAUGUAAAGCUGUUGAGCAUGAAGGUGUCAAUAAGAGAAAACAUGGACAAGCCUGAGCUGAUAAAACUUGCAUUGCUUGAUUUACGUACAACAGUAACUCAGCGACCUGGUGCUGAAGCAAUAAGGUUUGAAUCAAGUGUAAGUGCAUUUGAAGUACUGGGAAUGGCUCAAAGAAGAGUAAUACCCUGUUUACUGUCUUCUCGAACAGUCCAUUCAGAAAAUAAUACAUCACUCUUCACCAUAAUGUUUGAGACCAAUCCUUUAGAUGAGAAUGUAAAUCAGAAGUUAAGAGUAGAAUCACAGCCUUUGGAAAUAAUAUAUGAUGCUAUGACUAUAAAUAGCUUAGUGGAUUUUUUCCGACCCCCGAGUGAUGUUCAUUUAGAGCAAUUAACCUCUGCAACUUUGUUGAAAUUGGAAGAAUUUCGUGAGAAGACAGCAACAGGGUUGGUGUAUAUCAUAGAAACACAGAAGGUUCUAGAUUUAAAAAUAAACCUCAUGGCUUCCUAUGUCAUUAUUCCCAAAAAUGGAUUCUAUGAACCAAAGUGUGAUAAAUUACUCUUGGAUCUUGGUCACUUGAAGAUGACUAGUAAAAGUCGGUCUAACAUGUUAGAUGUCAGAAUCAAAGAGAACACUCUUGAAGAAAUUAUGGCAAGAGCAUAUGAUAAAUUUGAUAUUCAGCUCAGCAGCAUACAGCUUCUUUAUAGCAAACACGAUGAAAACUGGGAGGAGGCUCGUAAUUUGCGAUCUUCAUCCCAACAUAUCUUGCAGCCUCUGGACGUGAAAAUGGAACUGAGCAGAGCAAUGGUUGUAACUGAUACAAGGAUGCCUAAAUACAAAAUGUUUGGUGAGCUGCCAUUACUCUAUUUCAACAUCUCUGAUGAGAAGCUUAAGUGUAUUCUGAAGUUAAUCGAUAGCAUUCCAAAACCAGAAGGUCCUCCUGACACCACUCCUCCACCAAGUUCCCAGCUACAAUUAUCUUCUCUGCUAACAACCCCACAAAUGUCAACUACUUUGUUUCCAAUUCUCGAACUUCAUUCAGUAGCUGGAUCAAGUGAGUCAGAAGAGGAGUUCUAUGAUGCCCCAACCAGUCCUAUUGAAGACUUGCCAUUUUUUGAAGCACCUUUGGCGACCCUGAGGAGGGUUGGUAGUAUGAAAAAAAAGCCACCAAAGAAAGAAUCCGUGAGGAAUAUGACUGACUUCCAACUAAGAUUUGAAAUAUCUGAGGUGUCACUUCAGGUGUGUCGUCUUGCUGGAGACAUUGAAAAGCCAAUCCUUCGUCUAGAAAUUUUAAAAUUAGGCACUGAACUUAAGCUAAGAACAUAUGACAUGACUGCAACUGCUUUUCUUAGUGAGAUUUGUUUAAUAUGUCCGGAGUACAUAGAUGAUCAAAACAAGCCAGUUUAUAUCAUUACAACACUGGAUAAUUCAACAGAUGAUCUUCUAGCAAUUGAAUAUGUAAAGGCAGAUAUUAAUGCCCCAGAACUGAAAUCUACCUAUAAGAAUGUUCUACAGUUGAUGAAGGUGAAUUUUUCUUCUUUAGAUGUACAUUUACAUACAGAAGCACUCCUGAGCACUUUAAAUUUUUUAAAUAAACUUCUACCAAAACAAGAGGCAAGUACAACAGAGAUCACUCAGGAAAAAGAAGAAAAGAGAGAAGUUCUUAAGAAAUUAACUUCAAAAAAGACCAAAUAUGAUGAAGUCUGUGAUCUCCACAUUUGUGCAGUGUUGUCCUCUUUGCGUAUUUUUAUACGAGAACAAAAACGCUGGAUAUGUGAAAUUUGUGUUGAAGGUCUUGAUAGUCAAGUGAUGAUGAAGAAAGCAACAACUGAAAUAUCAGCCAAGUUAAAGAAUAUAACUAUUAUGGAUCGUGAUGAGGCAGCCCUUUAUACAAAGGCUCUCUAUAUCACUGGAAAAGAAGUCUUCAGUUUCAGACUGUUGUCUUAUGUGGAUGCCACAGAUGGUGUCGCUUACACCAAUAUGAAUGCUGUUGACAGCAGAGUAUAUUUAACAGUUGGCUGUAUUCAAAUAGUUUUUGUCAACAGAUUUGUUUCUGCUGUUUUGGCUUUUAUAAACAAUUUUCAAACAGCAAAGGAAGCAAUUACUGAAGCCACUGUUCAGGCUGCAGAAAAAGCAGCUACUGGUGUAAAGGAAUUGGCUCAACAGAGUUCACGAAUGGCACUGAAUGUCAAUAUUAAAGCACCAGUUGUCAUAAUACCGCAGUCAGCCAUAUCUGCAGAUGUUCUUGUUGCUGAUUUUGGUUUGAUCACUAUAAAAAAUGAAUUUUCACUUGUUAAAGUUAAAGGUCGAUAUAAUCUUCCACCUGUCCUUGACUGUAUUCAUGUGAAACUGAGUGAACUGAAAUUAUACAGAUCAAGCAUUGUAAGAAACUCACUGCAAAAGGAAAUACAGCUGCUACAACCGUUAAAUCUUGAAGUAACAGUUGAACGGAAUUUAGCUGCUAUCUGGUAUCAUGAUAUUCCUGAUAUUAAAAUAUUUGGACAUCUCAAACCAAUGAAUUUGAUUCUGAGCCAGGAGGAUGUAACCACUAUCUUAAGGACCCUGAAUGAAAAUUUAGGAGAGAGCUCAAGCUCUGCAGCUACUGUACCAGAGCUCAAAGAACCUGGAAGCAGCCACAGUGAAGUAAUGACUACUUCAAUGUAUUCUGGAGGUGGAAUGAAAGUGGUAACAUCCGCUGUAGUGGAAACACGCUCUUCUGCUAAAGUUAAAACAACACUAAAAUUGGACUUCCAGUUUGAUUCACUCACUUUGGUUUUAUACAGUCCAAACUCCAAUCAGAGUUCAGUUCUUGAUCAACGAGAUAAUGCUCUGAAACUUGCUGAAUUUAAAUUGGUGUUAAUAUCAGCUGCUGUCAAAAUGUUGUCAGAUGAGUCAAUGAAUGCUUCUGUCAAGUUAACAAACUGCACUUUAGAUGAUAAACGGCAGACAGUUCAGAAGGCUACACCAAGAAUGGUGGAAAUGAAAUAUGGAUCAGAAAAGAAAGUCAUGGUGGAUAUAAGCUAUAAGCAAAGUAGAGAUGGCACCACAGUCAUUGACACAGUUGUUCAGGAAACGCAUCUCUGUGCCAGCAUAGAGUUUUUAUUAACUGUGGCAGAUGUAUUUCUAAAGGCAACUGCUGAAAGUACUGCUGCACAAAAAAACUUCAAGCAACAAACUUUAGCUGUGAAGGAACAAGCUCCUGUACAACCAGUAUCUACAGUGGAAAUCAAUGUUGUUGUUAAAAAUCCUGAGAUUGUGUUUGUUGCUGAUUUAACAAGAAGAGAUGCUCCUGCACUAGUAGUUACAGCACAGUUUGAAGUCUGCAUGAAAAAUGGUCCUGAGAUGUCUAAAAUGACAGCUGCUGUUAAACACUUAACAAUGCAAGCAUGCCCAUUUCUUCCAGAAAUGAGAAAAGACAAUAUUACCAUGAUAUUGCAGCCCUGUGAUCUCUUCUUUGAAAUGAUCCAAUCAGGUGCAGAUCCACAGAAAGCUGAUCUAUCUGUUAAAUCUAUAAUACUUAAGGUAUCUCCAAUUAUCUUAAAUACAGUGAUUACAAUCACAUCAGCACUUUUCCCAACAAAGGAGACUGAAGAAAAAGAUAUUAGUCCUAUACCUCCAGAUCUGUGGGAUCAGAAGGAUAUUAAAAAGUUAAACAUGUGGUUUCUUGAAGAGUCAGAUGAAAAUCAAACUCCUAUUUCUGAAACUGAAUUGGUUCCCACAGGAGAAACAUUGCAAAUGAAAGUUGAUGCAGUUGUUAUAACUCUUGAAGCUGGUGUGGGACACAGAACAGUGCCAAUGCUGCUAGCAAAGUCAUCAUUUUCCGGAGUGGUUAGAAACUGGAGUACUCUGAUCCAUCUGUCCUCUCGGCUAGAACUUGAGGUGCAUUAUUACAAUGAGAUGUUUGGUGUGUGGGAACCCUUGCUUGAACCACUGGAAGUUGAAAACACUGAUGAAUUUAGACCGUGGGUUCUAGGAAUGAAGAUGAAAAAGAAGACCAAAAAAUCUCUGGCUGAAUCAGUUACUGAAGAAGAACACUACAAAGUGCCAGAGUACAAAACAGUAAUAAAUAUUUAUUCGGAAGAGCAACUGAACAUUACAUUAUCCAAAUGUGGUCUGCUAAUGUUGAGUAAUCUUGGCACGGCAUUUGCUGAAGCAGCUACACAGACAUCAGAAAUCUAUAAGAAAGAUAAGGCACCAUUUGUAUUGAUAAAUUCCUUAGGUGUGUCUGUUGUUGUAUUGCCUAGUAAUGCCUUCAGUGUCUUGAAUGUUGAAUCAAGGUCAGAAUCAUUUCAUCUUGAAAACGGGCAAAGCCUAAGCAUGGAAUAUAUCAAAACUAAGAGUGAAUAUGACCAGUUCACAGCUAUGACUACCCUGAGCAGCAAAGUAUUCUACAUAAUUUUAGCACCUGAAAACCACUCCACUACCGAUAAGAUUCCACUGACAAAAGUGGGACGAAGUCUUUAUAGAGUAAGACAUAAUGACUCAGGUGUUGUACGAUCUAUAGUUUGUCAAAUUGAUACCAUCGAAGGAAGUAAGACAAUAACCGUACACUCACCUAUUCAGAUUGGCAAGAGUUCAAUUUUCAUAUGCGUUAUUAGCUACAGUAGAGAUACCUUGCGUGCUGUUGAAACCCCGAACUGGUACCUGAAAGCAGUUUUAGAGUGGAUGCGGGCUAAUAAACUGAAGCUUAAUCCCAACAAGAUAGUGGUGCUACUGGUUACCAACCAGAGCAAACAGGCCAUGGCCUCUGAAAAUGACCAGAUUGAGCAGCUUGGAGGCAUUACAGUGGAUAUUACAUUAUCUGACCAUUCAACAUCAAUUACAUUUAGUGAUUAUCAUGAUGGUGCAGCUCCUUUCCUGAUAAUUAACCAUACUAGAGAAAUGAUUGAAUAUGGACAAAGCUCUUUGUCUGUAAUGGAAGAUUCUCUGGCACCAAAUAAAGCAGUGUUAUACACAUGGGCUCACCCAAUAGGAUCUAGAAAAUUAAAAUGGAAGUGUGGAAAAAGUAGUAGAGAAGUAACUCAGAAAGAUGACUUGAUGACACCCAUCCAAGUAGGAAACAAAGAAAUUUAUGUAGUUUCAUUUUUUGAAGGCUUGCAGCGAAUUAUCCUAUUCACAGAAGAUGAAAAGGUUUUCAGAGUGGCCUAUGAAAGUGAAAAAGUUGAACUGGCAGAACAAGAAAUAAUUGUCUCAUUACAAGAUGUUGGGAUUUCUUUAGUUAACAACUAUUCAAAGCAGGAAGUAGCUUACAUUGGAAUCACAAGUUCUGAUGUAGUCUGGGAGACGAAACCCAAGAAAAAAUUAAGAUGGAAGCCUCUUAGUGUGAAGCAAACGGACAAGCUGGAGAAAGAAUUUAAUGACUACUGUGGCCACUCACCAACAGAAAAUAAAAUAAUCGAGUUGGAUAAUAAUAUCCCGGUCUGUUUGACUCCUACUGGUAAUAACAUGAAAAUACUUCAACCAAAUGAAAUUCCUGUUAGAAGAAGCUUUUUACCAGCGUUGAAAGUACAGUAUAGUACAUCUGAACAUCAGUCAUCCUUCAGAGUCCAGAUUUAUAGGAUUCAGAUACAAAACCAGAUUCCUGGAGCCAUAUUUCCCUUUGUGUUUUAUCCUAUUAAACCUCCCAAGUCCGUCACUUUGGAUUCAGAACCCAAGCCAUUUACAGAUGUCAGUAUUGUUAUGAGAACUGCAGGACAUUCUCAAAUAACACGUAUAAAGUAUUUUAUGGUCUUGAUUCAGGAGAUGGAUCUCAGAUUAGAUCUUGGGUUUCUUUAUGCAUUAGCUGAUUUCUUUACAUUUUCUGGUGAAGUACCCAAAGACCAAGAGCUAAAACUCUUCAAAAAAGAUGUCGAAGCUGUACAGGAAGAAUUGAAGAAUGUAUCAUCAACUGAUACGUCACAAAUCAGCUUGUAUGAAUAUUUUCAUAUUUCUCCAAUCAAGUUACAUUUAAGUUUUUCACUGAGCACUGGAGGAGAAGAUAGCAACAAGGAAGAGAAACGCAAGGAGUUGAUUCCAGUUCAGUCCUUAAAUCUCUUGCUAAAGAGUAUUGGGACCACACUCACUGAUGUUCAGGACGUUGUUCUCAAGUUGGCAUACUUUGAGCUCAACUAUCACUUCUGUACAACACAAGGACUACAGUGGACAGUUAUUAUGCAUUAUUCAAAACAGGCAAUUAAACAAAUGUAUGUUCUUAUUCUUGGCCUUGAUGUUUUGGGCAAUCCAUUUGGAUUCAUAAGAGAUUUGUCUGUGGGAGUUGAAGCAUUCUUCUAUGAACCUUACCAGGGAGCCAUCCAAGGUCCAGAAGAAUUCGUUGAGGGAAUGGCACUGGGACUUAAAGCCCUAGUUGGUGGUGCUGUUGGGGGACUGGCUGGUGCUGCAUCAAGAAUAACUGGUGCUAUGGCUAAAGGUGUAGCAGCAAUAACCAUGGAUGAAGACUAUCAGCAGAAGAGAAGGGAAACCAUGAAUAGGCAACCAGCUGGCCUUAAAGAGGGUAUCACACGAGGAGGAAAAGGCUUGAUGUCUGGUUUUGUUAGUGGAAUAACAGGGAUUGUAACAAAACCAAUACGAGGAGCUCAAAAAGAAGGUGCAGCAGGCUUUUUCAAAGGUGUUGGCAAAGGUUUAGUGGGAGCAGUGGCAAGACCCACUGGGGGAAUAAUAGACAUGGCCAGCAGCACUCUUCAGGUAAUUAAAAGAGCUACAAAUUCCUCUGAAGAUAUCAUAAGUCUGCGUCCUCCCCGCUUUUUCAAUGAAGAUGGAGUUAUUCGACCAUACAGAUUAAGAGAUGGGGCUGGAAGUCAAAUGUUACAGAAUAUUGAAAAUGGAAGAUUUGCAAAACUGAGAUACUUUACUCAUGCCAUGAUUAAUAAUACAGAUUUGCUGAUGGUAACAAAAAGUGGAAUAUUGUUUGUGACAAAAGGCACAUUUGGACAGUUAACAUGUGAAUGGCAGUAUUCAUAUGAUGAAUUUACCAAAGAGCCAUUCAUUGUUGAUGGACGGAGAUUGCGCAUUGAAGCAAAGGAACGAGUUAAAUCCGUAUUCCAUGCCAAAGAAUUUGGAAAAAUAAUUAAUUUUAGAACAUCAGAAGAUGCCAAGUGGAUCCUGUCUAAGCUGGAAGAAGUAAGAGAAAGCCACAGUCAAUGAUGGCCACCUGUUCAAGAUCUGAAGAUUCACAGAAAAAUGGAUUGCACAAUUCAAAAUAUUUACAUUUUAAUUGCUGCUUGGAAUUUGAUGCUAUUUUGAAUACAAAGAAUAUGAAACUUUUGAAUGAUCAAAACUGACAUUGAAUCUUCCACACCGAUUGAGCGAAAAUGGCUACCUUGGUCAGUGUAGUGCAAGCUAUUCUACAGCUGAAACUCUGCCAAAUUUUGGCUUGUUCAACUUUUACUUAUAAAAAACCUCAAGUAUUUAAAACUAGAGUAUAAAAAUUAUUUUUUCCCCUUGUUUAUUGUGCCAAGAUCUAUACAGACUAAAGUGUAAAGCAAUCUUGUGAUUUUAUGUGGUAAUAGUUUCGGUUUCUAAAGUCUACACUUUAGUUCUAUCCAUUUUUUUAAACUUGCUACCAUUGGUAUAUCACACACUAAUACUUACUGAAAUUCAGUUAAAUUCUUCAGGGAAUGACUGAUUUAACCAGCACUGCUCUUAUAGUUUGAAUGACUUUGCUGACCAGCUAACUCAAAAGAAAUCUUUUUGUUUACUACUAUAUAUCAUGAGGUUAUUAGUUUUUUUAUAAGAAUAAACCGUUUUUGGUACUGUACUAUCAUUUUUAGCAUUCACUUUUUAUAUGAUACAAAAAAUUAGUGAGGGGUUCUAGUACCUCAUGGGUGUAAAUGUACACAUACAAAGAUGUGUACUUAUUUUAUGUUUACUUAUAACCUGACUAGAGAGAUGUGCCUUUGCAGUAGUGCUUUGAUUGGCAUGAUCUUUACUUUCUCAUGAUCCACAGAGUGACAAAAAUCAUGUUAAAAUAGCAUGUUCCGCAAUAGUACUUUAGCAGUUUUCUUUGGAUUUAUACUAUUAUAAGCCAAUUCAGCUUAAAUUCCAGGACCAUGCUAAUUGCAUCAUCUUCAAUAGAAAAUACCAUAGAGAUUCUUCAUUAACACUUGAUUUCAGCUUAAAUGCUAAACAAUUUGUAACUUUUUUUAAUAGAGACCUGUUAAAAAAUCUGAACAAUUACUGAACUUUGGGGGAGAGGGGUGCACAAAAAAACGCCAUGUUUUUUAAAUGAUUAUGUUAGGCUAUAUUGUAAUGCCUAUGAACCUGUCUGGAUGAGCUGAUUGGUGAAAGGGAAAAGGAAAUCAAAUGUAUGUAAAUGUAUUGCCUAAUUUAGAUUUGAAGAACCUGGAUGGUUUGAUGCAUGCAGUAAGUAUCUAUUGCCAAAAUAUUCUUUCUGAACUGUAGGGGGAUAUGUUGUUAGUGCAGUUGGUCCUCCUGAAAUUGCUGGUGGUGCUUGAGCUACCCAAACUGUAGCUUUGUUGUAAAAGCUAAAAUAUAAAUGGCAUGCUGAACUUUAAUUGUAUGUAUUUAUUUAUACAUAGUCUCAUUUGCACCAUUAGUUAACCCUUCCACUGGUUAUAGUAAUACAUUGCAGUUUCCCCCUUAACGCAUUACUCUUUUCUAUACCAUCUGUAAAUUAAAUGAAUCAUUGGA